AUGGUUCUCUCUCCGACCCUCAUAAGGGGUAUUGAUGCGCAACCACUCGAUGCGGCCCUGCAUGGUAUCACCUUGGACGACCUUGUCAAAGUGACUAUAGGGCACGGUGGAGGCCUGUCGGGUCACACAACGUUGAGCGACUCCGACGACUCCCCUCCACGUCCAGUACUUGCCCGAAACACCAGUCUUCGUGACAUCCGGAAGGAUGAGAAGAAGCUCGGUAAAGGUAGCUUUGGUGAAGUCCUGUGUGUCAAGAUCCGCGGUGACCCCUCUGGCUCUUAUACAGGCCGUCUCUAUGCCCUCAAAACUCUCCGUAAACGUGAUGUUGAGCAAGGGCACCUGGCAGCCCAAGUGGAGCGAGAGAUCUCGGUUCAAUCCCGGCUACCGGCACAUUCUAACAUACUCCGACUCUACUCCCAUUUUGAGGACAGGGAGCACGUCUAUCUACUACUAGAAUACUGUGCCAAGGGUGAACUCUACCACCUCCUGCGGACCCAGCAGAAACGGCGCUUCCCUGUAGAAAGAGCGGCUCGAUACUUCCUGAUGGCCGCCCGAGCGGUGGCUCAUCUGCACUCCCACGGUAUCAUGCAUCGUGACAUAAAACCGGAGAACUUACUUGUCGCAGCUGACGAUACUCUGAAGCUGGCCGACUUUGGUUGGUGUGCCGAGUUUCCCUCUACUGUAGUCUCUGGUUAUACUACGAGAAGUCAUGCUAGAAGACAUACCUUCUGUGGCACUCUGGACUACCUCUCUCCAGAGAUGUUGCUUGGUCGUGGGCACGACCACAGCAUAGACCUGUGGGGUCUGGGCAUUCUACUAUAUGAGCUGCUGGCUGGACGCCCACCCUUCAAUGCAACUGACCAGAGGACUGUUGUCAGCAAUAUCAUUAACGUGAACUUGUCCUUCCCCAUCGACUUUCCCCUAGUGGCUGAGGACCUUGUACGCCGGCUGUUGGUCAGGGAUGAGGGUCGUCGGUCCAGCAUCGCCGAGGUCUUGUCGCAUCCCCUGUGUACUUCCAUAGGGGCCCCUCAGCCACCUCUACCACAACCUGUGCUACGGCUCUCCUCGACCCAGCAAGUUACCAGACGUCACAAGUCGCCUCCUCGGCCGCGUCAAAGGGACCAAGGCGUACCUUCCGGUCUAGCACGAGUGCCGACUCUGCGGGUAGCGUCCCUAUUGCAAGGCAGGCUAGUGUGUUCGGUCAGCAGACUCUGCACCAAGAAGUGUGUCAGCUGUGAAGAACUCGCCCUCAAGGACGCCUGUAAGCGCCCUCAAGAUGUCCCUUGCUAUGGUCUACGCAUAGGUGACAGUGAGAGUGUCCAAGGAACGACCUCCAUCGGAGACCAGCCUCGCCCCGCCAUACGGUUUAUUCUGGAUGUCUCUUCGUCGUCCUUCUUAUCUCUGGAUGACUCCUUCGCUGCCCCAAAGGAGACCUUGGGCCCGCCAAGAAAUAAGCCCGAGCCCCCCCGCAAGCUCGGCACAGUGCCGUCCUAUCCAGUGCCGUCAUUCCAACAACGAGUGUGGGGCAUCCCACCCGGCGGCCCUCCCAUGGGAAAUCGAGUCCUUGCUACCCCGAGCAGCUUUAUCCCGACAUACACGUGGGCUCUGCAGCCGACUCCGGUGUUGUUCAAUCGUAUUGGACCGCCGCUCAGGACGGCUCAGAUCGGUCCCACUGUGGGCGGCAACGGAGGAAGAACCUUCGUCCUUUACUUGACUACUACCAUCAAUGUCCUCAUCGCCUUCCAAGUGUCUUGGGCCUGCUAUCUGCAGCCGAGGUGGAGGAGCUUCAGAAGCGACAUGUUGGAAAAGUUCCCGUCCCUCCAGCCAGACAUGGAUGAGAAGGACUGA